ACAAGUGACUAAAAGUUAUGGAGCGCUCCGGUCAAGUAGAGCCAACUCAGCCGGUGAACACCACAAACGACAGUUGUAUUACUGAUCCAUCCACUGUGGAUGUCAGCGCAGAGAGUCUCGCAUAUCAGAUCAGUCUGGCGGUGAUUCUUUCCGGCAUAACACUCGCCACCACUUUAUCCAACGCGUUCGUCGUAGCGAUAAUCUCCCAGUCGAAGAAACUGCAAACUCCUGCGAACUUUCUGAUCGCCUCUCUGGCCAUCACCGACCUGCUGGUGUCCAUUCUGGUGAUGCCCAUCUGCGUCCUCUACACGGUUAUCCACACCUGGACGUUGGGACAAAUCGUGUGCGACAUCUGGCUCUCCUCGGACAUAACGUGUUGCACAGCGUCUAUCCUCCACCUGUGCGUAAUCGCUUUGGAUAGGUACUGGGCCAUCACGGAUGCGGUGGAGUACUCCAAAAAGCGCACGCCGGGGCGCGCGGCCGGGAUGGUGGCCACAGCCUGGGUCAUCGCCAUCUCCAUCUCCCUGCCUCCUCUCUUCUGGAGGCAGGUGAAGGCGGAGGAGCUGACCAGCUGCAGCGUCAACACGGAUCAUAUUUUCUACACCAUCUACUCCACCUUUGGGGCUUUCUACAUCCCCACAUUGCUGCUUAUUGUCCUCUACGGACGGAUAUACGUCGAGGCUCGGAAACGGAUCCUGAAGCAGUCCCCCAAGAAGGUGGGGAAGAGACUCACCUCAGCGCACCUGGUCACCAACUCCCCUGGAUCCGUGGCGUCCACAACCUCUCUGCAGUGCGGAAGACACGACACCCAGUCCAGCGACACCGGGUCUUCAACAAGCGAGAACCAGGUGAAAGUGACGGUGUCGGACGCGCUUUUGGAGAAAAAGCGCAUUUCAGCAGCCAGAGAGAGAAAAGCGACCAAGACUUUGGGGAUAAUCCUCGGCGCUUAUAUCGUUUGCUGGCUGCCGUUUUUCAUUUACACAUUGGUGGUGGCCACGUGUGAGACAUGUUUUAAUCCCGAGUUAUUUGACUUUUUCACCUGGUUGGGAUAUCUGAACUCCCUCAUCAACCCGAUCAUAUAUACAAUGUCCAAUGAGGACUUCAAGAAAGCUUUCCAUAAACUUGUGCGCUUCAAAUGCUGCAGGUCGUGAACGAAUGCUCCUUCAGUCUCCCAUAAGAUUUAUUUAUGUAUUUAUUUUUGGAUAUGAAGUUCUAAAAGUGUAUGACAAUAUAGAAUAGUAAGAAGGCCAUGCAAUAUAAUUUGUGGAACUCAUAGACAUUAUGAGAUGUGCAUGCAAAAGAAAACAUUCAUCGUUAGUCAUUUGGUCCAGUAUGGUGAUUUAAAAUGCCAGUGUUUAUAAAACAAACAAAGAAAAUCUGGAGUAAAAGUGUUUCACAUAAUUUAAAGCUCAAACCACUGCAAGGCAAAAUUAUUAUUAUAAUUAUUUAAAAAGCUUUAUUUAAUUAAAAAAAUAAGAUUUACUGUAGUAUUGAGAGAGUCUAAAAAUUACCUCACAAAAUCCAUUAAACGUGUCAUAUAAGCUCCUAUUGAUGAGCACAUUUGCUAUGUUGUAGGUUAAAUUGAGUGAUGGGUUGUUAAUAUUCUGUAUGGAUUCCUGUUUGGGUGGUACAGUGCAUUAAAGCAAUGCACAGCGCGUUAUUCCCAUGCAAGGACUGACCUAUUAAUGCCAGUAAGCAGGAGAGAUCAGAGAGAUCAUGAACAGCUGACUUGAUAAAAAGGAUCCUUUUUGCAUUAUGUGUAAAAAUAUGACUCCUACAUCGACAAUAUGUCUAUUUAUUCUGAAAAACAAUAUAUUUGUAUUAUGGUCAUGGACUGCUUGCUGCUACCCUGUAUGGUUGUCCUUUGUUAGUCACAAUCAUGCAUUUGAAAAAAAAAGGAAAAGAUUCAUAUCGGUGUCAAACAAAGAAACUGUAGCUGAUAUGUAACCAGCAGCGAAAGCUAAUCAUAAGUUCAAUUUUGCAGAACAAACACCACCUUGUUUUACUCUGUGUGUGUGUGUGUGUGUGUGUGUGUGUGUGUGUGUGUGUGCGUGCGUGCGUGCAUGUGUUACAUUAAAUCUGUACCUACAGUAUGUUAUGUUCAUGUAUGAAAUGGUUUGCCAUCUCAUGGCUAUAGAGAGUGAUUUAAAGGAUUUGUCAGCGUUAUGUGAAUUAAAAGGUAUGUUGUUCUGGGAAUCUAUCUGUUCACAUUCAGAGAUGCUGUGCAAUAAAGGCUUUAAAGUA